AUCCUAUAUUAGUUUAACUUUUCUGUACAAUAUGAUACACCUUUGAGAGUUCGAAAAUGAAACUGUUGUAUUGGAAUAUACGAUUCGUGUUCGUGUUUUCGGUAGUGAUUUACUUUGCUAGCAUUUGUAAUGCUCAACCAGCGACUUCGCCAAGUAAUCCAACUUCACCCACUUCGCCAACUAGUCCAACUUCGCCCACUUCAUCUACUUCCUCCACAUCAACCACUUCAACCACUUCAGCUACUGCAACAACUUCAUCAACAACUACUUCUACUACUCCGAGUGCAACCCCCAGUAAUACCACACAAGCACCUUCAUCAUCAGGUAAUCUCACAUCAGCUCAAAAAAGGUUAGCGGCUCGUCGGAGAAGAAUUAUACGAGAAUGGAUAAAGCGGAAAAGAGCUGAACUUAGAAGGAGAAGAAAACGCAGCUGGAGGAGACAAGUUCGACGUGCUGAGAAUAUACGACAAAGGAGACGUCGGAGAAGGCGACAAAAUCAGUCUAACCGUUCUUAGAUAAUAGAUUUUUUG